AUGUCUGCUAACGCCACUGAUGAAUUAUGCAAGAUAUGUGAUGGACGAAUCGAAUGCGCUCCCACAGCCAUCCUCUUGAUAUCUCUGGUACACACGCUCUACGGAUACAUAGGCCCCGAGCCCAACUACUUCGGCAGUAAUAAAAAAGGGUUGUUGAAACAAAGUGGUGGCGAAAAAAUCUCGUAUAGUAAACAAUUUUCGUACUUCGACAAAUUCCCCAGUGAGAGAGGUAAAAAUAAAUAUGAUUCAUCUGAAACUGAGGAGCAAAUUUAUGAUUUUAUUGUGGUCGGUGGUGGCACUGCUGGGUGCGUUCUCGCAAGUAGACUGUCAGAGAAUAGGAAAUGGAAGAUACUACUGAUUGAAGCAGGGCCCGAAGAGCCUAAGAUGGCGCUGAUUCCAGGUCUCACAAGUGAAUUCAAAGGUUCUUCGAUGGAUUGGCAGUUUACUAUGCGUCCGAAGAAGGGAUUUUGCCAGAAGCGAGGCGAUAGAGGUUGUGAGGUGGUCCAGGGUAGAGUUCUGGGAGGGACCUCGUCGAUCAAUGAUAUGGCAUACAUGAGAGGUAGUGCAGCGGACUACGAUGAAUGGGCCAUCAACGGCAACGAAGGGUGGUCUUACAGUGAAGUGUUGCCAUUCUUUAAAUAUUCAGAAGGCAAUUAUGAUAAGGACAUUUCCAAAAAUAAGUACUUUCAUUCCACGCAGGGUCCAUUAGAUGUGGGCCGGUACCCCCACGUGGAUGACAAUGUCGAUGUUUUAUUAAGUGCCUUAAACGAAUUGGGAUACAACUACACUGACGUAAACGGAAGACAUCAGUUAGGGUUCAUGAGAAUACAAACUACCUCUUACUUCGGUGAACGUGUCAGUUCAUACACAGCUUUCAUUGAACCUAUAAAAAAGUUAAGAUCGAAUUUAGAUAUAGUUUCAGAAGCAUUAGUUACGAAAAUACUAUUUGAGGAAACUAGAGACAGUAUUUCAGCAUAUGGCGUAGAUUAUAUAAAAAAUGGUACAAUACAUAGAGUAAAAGCUAGAAAGGAAAUUUUACUAAGCGCAGGUGCUAUAAACAGCCCUAAAUUAUUAAUGCAAUCUGGUAUAGGACCAAAGGAGUACUUAGAAUAUUUAGAUUUAAAGGUAGUAUACGACCUGCCCGUGGGAGGCAAUUUCCAUGAUCAUCUAUCGGUAUGUUUGCCGGUAAUAAAAUUGACCAAGACGGCAACAACGUCAAGGUUUCCAGAUAAAUUAAAAGAUAUCACAAGUUACUACUCCAAAGGCGUCGGUCCUUUAUCGGCUAACUUUCAAGUUGUCGCCUUUUUAGAAAGUUCCAUAUCUGAAAUCUUGGGGACUCCUGACAUUGAAGUUAGGUUUAGAGGGCACGAUUCAAAUAUGUACUACGAUAAAAUCGAAAUGUGUGUAUCGUUAUUAACGCCUAAAAGUCGCGGCCAGGUGAUUUUAAACGCCACAGACCCUAUUUUUGGUAAACCACUUAUAUAUCCUAAUUUUCUGAAAGACCAAUCUGAUGAGAAAAAGUUACUAGAGGGCAUACAAGAAAUAGUUAAGCUAUUUGAUACAGAAGUGUUUAAAAGCGCCGAGUAUGCGUUCGAUCCUCGUCCAAUACUUAAUAACGACUGCAAGGAUCAUGAACGAGUAUCGGAAGAAUUCUGGUUGUGUAUUAUAAAACAUUUUUCAACACCGCUGCAUAAUUACGCUGGUACAUGCAAAAUGGGACCACCUACUGAUGCUGAGUCAGUUGUAGACAGGAAUCUAAGAGUGUAUGGAGUAAACGGUAUAAGAGUAGUUGACGCGUCGAUCAUGCCAAAAAUAACACGAGGAUCUACCGCAGCGCCUGUAAUAAUGAUAGCAGAAAAAGCAAGUGAUAUGAUAAAAACUAGUUGGUAUUAA